CACAACGACACCUGGCAGACCAAUAGAAAAGGGUAACAAUGUUUCAAUGCUGCACUCAGUGUGGAUGUAGGGGAGAUAUUAUGAGGCCGGUGUCAUUAGGCGAUUGCUGUUCAAUGAUUGAAUGUUGGAUGUGAGUGAGUCUGUGAGGGUUUGGUUUUUUUUUUCCUUCUUCUUUCUCUGUGAUUACUCCUGGUCUGCGGUCAGUCCAUGGUGUUCAGAUCUCCUCUAGAGCUCUAUCCCACCCACUUCUUCCUGCCCAACUUCACUGAGCGCUCCCUGCUCCUGGCCAGUGGCUCCAGGGCCCCAGAAGAUUUGUCCAUGUUCCAGCUUCCCACCCUCAACUUCUCCCCGGAGCAAGUGGCCAGCGUGUGCGAGACGCUGGAGGAGACUGGGGACAUUGAGAGGCUGGGGAGGUUCCUGUGGUCCCUUCCUGUGGCCCCUGGGGCAUGUGAAGCCAUCAACAAGCAUGAGUCCAUCCUGAGAGCCAGGGCUGUGGUGGCCUUCCAUACAGGCAACUUCAGAGAUCUCUACCACAUCCUGGAGAACCACAAGUUUACCAAGGAGUCCCAUGGAAAGCUACAGGCCAUGUGGCUGGAAGCCCACUACCAAGAGGCUGAAAAGCUCAGGGGUCGACCCUUAGGACCAGUGGACAAGUACAGGGUCAGGAAGAAGUUCCCCCUACCUAGGACCAUCUGGGAUGGAGAGCAGAAAACCCAUUGCUUCAAGGAGAGGACUCGCAGUCUCCUAAGGGAGUGGUACCUACAGGACCCUUACCCAAAUCCCAGCAAGAAAAGGGAACUAGCCCAGGCCACUGGCCUAACACCCACACAAGUGGGGAACUGGUUCAAAAAUCGGAGGCAAAGAGACAGGGCAGCAGCUGCUAAAAACAGGUCAGUACCUGCAACUUCCUGGGGAGUGCACUUACUGUAUAUCAGCAUGUAUACUUCACUGAGAAUACCUAUAGAUGCAUGGACAGGGAUCUGGGCUUUGACAUACAGACAUGGAAUGCUUUAUAAUAAAUUAAACUUGUAUCUUCAAUGUGUAGAUUGCAUUAAAAAAAAUAAUUAUAACAUAAACAUAUUAUAUCUCAUAUUACAAAUAAUAUUAUAGUGCUAGAAUAAGUAUCGCCACAUUUCAAAUAUGCUUAAUUAUGCAUAAAUUAAACUAACUAGAAGGAUCCCUUGAUACAGGAAAUGAAUAAACACACCAGUGAGUAAAUAUUUAUUAUAUAAACAUUGUACAAAUAAUUAUCUCCUUUUAGCACGAGAAUCAAUCCCACUUCGUACAUAUAGUGAGCUUCUAUAAGUGGCUGACAAAUUAAAACUUACCUACAUUUUAAAAUACUAAAACCUCUUUACUACCUCCCCUUUAGCUGUUUUGUUUUUUUCUUUAAUUAACACAGCAAAUUUAGCACAAUCUUCUUUACUUGUACAGAAAGAAUCACAUUGACACAAACUGUUUAUAUCCCUUUUAUUUUUGUCAGGGCAAAUUAGGGAAUUAAGGUGAAUGUGCCUAAAUUGUGUACAACCCUAUCAAUAGAGGAUAUUUAGCCCCAAACAAAACAAAUCUAUUGACAGUCACUUCAUUGUGUAAUAAGCCUAGGGAUGGAUGUACAAUAUCUUUGUGAUUACUAUCUUAAUUUCUUUCCUUAUUUACUGAGCUUUGCUUUGCCCCUCUUCAAACUGUGCAUUUUAUUUUAUGGUUUCUGAGAGCUUUUUGAGAGGCUAGAAUAUGAUUUUUUUUUUUUAUUUUUUUUUUAAUCACUAUAAAUACAGCAGUGGGAAAAUAAUUAAGAAAAAAAAAUGCAUGUUUUGCAUAAUAAAAACACAAUAUAACACACACCUUAAAAUGUUAACACGAUGUGAUCUUUCAUUUUUAUGCAUUUCAGAGUUGUUAUUACCAACGCUCGUGGGUUGUACACCCUCCUAGGAUUUAAAGGGUUAAUACCUUAAAUAGAAUGUUUUAGCACUAUUGUCAACCCAUCGCGUUAAAAUAAAUUGUGAUGUGAAAACGUCAAUUAGAUCACCUCGGUUUUAAUAACAGGAGAUCUGAUGGGUCACCAACAAUCAUGUAACACAAACAUUAACUUUAUUUAUGUACAAACAUGCGUUGUGUGAUAUGGUUUUAAUAGUGUCUAGUAAUAUGUAGUCAUUUUCUCAGAAUUCUCAUUUAAGUAGAUAAGUAUUUCUAAAAUAGAUAUAAAUAUGCAUAGUAUUACUUAGACAUGAUACAUAUUUUAGUUUCAAAGUACAUGAUGUUUUAGGCCCAGAACCCUACACAAUUAAAUAAUGCAUUCGCCAAAACACAUCUCAUUAUUGCUACUUGGCAAUCAAAACUGUCCAAAUGUGCUUUAAAAAUAUGUGAUUUGUGUAUAACCUAAACUAGCACUGUACAAGGCUAGAUUAACUGCACUUUAUAAUAACAAGUUAUGAAGGGUCAGGUAUUUGUCAAUAUUGUUUUGUUUUUUUAAAUCAAAACAAAUAAACUAAUAUAAUCUAACGUGUUUAUAAAUAACCAAUCACACUAUAAUAGGUUCAUGUUUACUGCUAAAUAUAAUAAAUCAUUAUGGGCUUAAAACCGUAGUUGUUGCUAUUAUUAUUAUUAUUAUUAUUAUUAUUAUUAUUAUUAUUAUUAUUAAUUGAAGGAGUGAAUGAUUUUAUAACAUACGAUUUAUACACAAUUAUCACAUUUAAAACAUUUUUGUGAUAGAUGUUGACAUUCACUGAUCCUGCGAGAGGAGAAAAUAUAUUUAUUUUCUCAGAUCUAAGUAUGUGACAAUAAAAGCAUGUAAAACGCAGCGAUGACAUGCAUUAAUGUAUACUGUGCUCAGCUCCCCACAGUCCUAUAAUGGGGCCAUUAAUGUGGGAUUAGAACAGAAAGAAUUGGGCCAUCAGCACUCCACGGAUUUCAUUUUCAAUGCGGGCUUUUCUUAAGGAUUCCUCCAAAAAUCUUGAUCCCGCUCAAAAGUGCAUCUAAAUCCUUUCCAGUUCACCCACUUAAAUUAAUUAUUGACUGAUAUAUGUAGACUGCCUGGAUACAUAUACUAAUAAUAAUAAUAAUAAUAAUAAUAAAUAAUAAUAAUAAUAAAUAAUCAUAAUUUAAAGAGGUUACAAAAAUCAUAGAUUAAAUGUAAAUGUAAUUAUUGAUCUGUAUUCAUUUUGGCCUAAAUAUGUAGAUUAAAGUUUGGUGUUUAUUUGAAUUAGGUUUCUAUGUGACAGGGAAAUGUAAUUUUGCUUGCACCGAUUCCACUAUCGAUUUAUAGGCACAUGGGGGUCACAUUUAUCUAAUCUCAACUGGAGCAAUGCUGCGGCAAAGCGCUAAUCAGUGGCAACAUUCCACCGGUUACUAUAGCGACUGCUCUACCAUUAGCACAUUGCCCCAGCAUUGUCCAGCUUUGUGUAUUGCUACAUAUACUGUAUCUAUCUAUCUAUCUAUAACCCAGUGGUGCAUCAUUGGAAAAUAAUAACAUGGGCUAAUAGAUAUUGGGUCAAAAUAACAAAAGAUGAACGACAUUACUUUCCUAACUUGGGCAUCUGCCACUCACUGUCUCAUUCACACAGCUUGCAUCCUGUAGGAUCACUUGACAUUGAUGGGUACUACAGAACCCCUGUUGUUACACCACAAACACAAUGUGUACCCCUUUUAUUGUGUUAGAGAUAAAAAAUUGAUAUAGCAAAACAGAAUCUGUCCAUAAUUUCAUAUUUAUUUACCAUCCUGUUUGUGGUGUUCACCCUUCCCCCUACUAGGCUUCAGCACCAGUCUAUUGGACAGAGCGGAAUGAGGUCCUUGGCAGACCCUGGUUGCCCCACUCACAGCUCAGCAGAAUCCCCGUCCACAGCUGCAGCCAGUCCCACCACCAGCGUGUCCAGCUUAGCAGAGAGAGCAGAGACUGGGACUUCUAUCUUGUCUGUCACCUCCAGCGACUCAGAAUGUGAUGUAUGAUAGCUAGGCAGACACACUUACCCAGUGGACUAAACUUCCAGGGGACUGUCACACAAACUAAAAGGACAGGUGGAAAAAAGGUGACAUUUAGACUCUUGAAGGACAAAUACGACCUAUCUCUGCGCUUUUUUAUGGACGCACAACCACUUGCAUGAUUCAUUUCUAUCUGGGGAUAUAUUCUAGAGAAAAAAAAAAAUUUCAACAACAAAAAAAACUCCUAUACCCUACAUGGAUCUGCUUGAAGAAGAAAUCACAGAUCUCCCCUUCGUUUUUUAUUUUUUUUAUUUUUAGAAUUUUUUUAGAUUUUUUUUCCCCCUUUUCUUUCUCUGUUAAAAUUCCAUCUAAUGGUUACCCGAGAUGCAAUCUUCUCAUUUAAUUAUUAUAACUAUUUUUUUUAGUUAUUAUUAUUAUUUUUAUUUUAUUUUUUGUUCAACAGACAAUCAUUUUAUUCGUAAGCACCUUUUUUUACACCUCUGUCACUGCCUGUGUGGGUUACUGGUUAAUUGUGAAAAAAAAAAAAGAAAUAGUUUAUGACUGUAACAGAUUUUUAUUUUUAUUUCAAAAUUUUAUAUGAAUUAUGUAUAUCUCAAUAAUGAGUUGAUUUCCCGGUUGUAAUAUAUGUGUAGAAAGCAUUGUAUAUAAUAUUGAUACUGUUGCCCUAUUUUGCGUAUACCAUAACUGCUUUAUGAUGUCUCUUCUCUCUUCUCUUCUUUAAUUUUUUCAUCACCCCCAACUAGUUCUCCCCUCUCUAUUCACUCCAUAUUUAAUUGCCCCCAACUUAUCUCCCAUCUUGCUGUCCCAAGACAUUUCUCUCCCCCUCUCCUUUCUCCCAUUGCUAUCUACCCCAAGUUAUAUCUCCCCAGCAGUCUACCCCAACACACCCCGUCUCUCAUCUCCAUCUCUCUCUCUCCCCAUCUUUCUUACCAACUCCACCCUUUGCUAACCAUUAGUCUUUUUAUUUGUCUCCUUUUUUCCUGCCUCUCUCUUGAACUUUGAGCUCCUAAAUAAACUCACUGGUCCCAUGUGUGGCCCUUCCAGAGUUUUAAACCUUUGUUGCCGGGGAGAGGAAAGGGUCCCCCUCUGAUACACCAAGGUUUAAUGGAAACUACGGCUACAGAAAAGAAAAAAAAAACAAAUUAUGAUGCAACUGUAGUCGUUUAUGCAAAAACUAUUUUGAAAACAUUCCUAGCAGUUUGGGAACAUUCUAAAGAUCCUCAUUGAGCGCUUAACCCUUGUCUCCCCAACGUGGUGUUAUAUUCUAUGUACAAACUUUCUAAAUCAAAUACAGUAUUCAUUUUUCUUAUCUAUUCAGCGAUGUUGGCGUUUUUGUCAAGUGACUUCCUAAUGCAUAUAUAAAUAAUAUUCUGUUUUUUCUCAAAAAUUGCACUUUCUGACUUGUGUGUGUGAGCCAGGGUGAUAUUUCUCAAUAUACAAUGGCUGGUCAAUAUAACUGUCUUAUUAACUUGAUAUAGCAAUAUAUUAGUAUUUCAGCUCCCAACCCCCCCAACCCCCAAAAAAGUGUUUGUUUUUUGUUUGUUUUGUUUUUUUUUUGCUUUGAUCAAAGUAACUACAUGACAUUUUGGAAAUGUUAAAUAAAAUAAAAUGUACUUCACAAGAAAGUUAACCCAUUAAGUCCCAGAGGCUUGAGUAAUACUUAGCAAUGUUUUGCUAAACCCUCUGGUACCCAAAUAGUUAACCUUUCUUCCUGCUGGUGAAAUAUCUCUGUGAGUAUAUUGUGCUUACCAUGGGAAUCUGUAGAACAUAUCCAGAAUUAUCCUACUACAUUAAAAAAUAUCUAUUUUUUUUCUGUGAAAAAAAAAAGAUCUCCCAUAACACAUUAACUUAGUGAAUGCACUAAGCUACUAUUUAUAUUUACACAUUUUCACUGGGAAGCUUAAGACUUUUUUUGUGUGUGUUUGUUGGUAGCAUUUAAUGAAAGGAAAAAAAUAAAUAAACUCCCAUUACUAAUCAUUUUGCAGCUCCUCCCCUGCAGGCCUUAGUAUAUUGUCACUUGGAAAUAAAGACUGUAUUUUGCAUGACUAACAGCAACUACUGCAACACCUUUUACAGUAAACUUUUUGCCUUGCCCCAGGCUAGCAACCCAACCGUGAAUUAACUAGAGGUGAAUUCUCGGCUUGUUUUUACUUGAAAAUACAAUUUCAAAUUUAUUUAUUUUUUAUGUUUUUUCUUUUUUUUUUUUUGGAUUAAGAACAAACAACAAAAAAAUAAAGAAAUAAAAAAAAAGAUGCCUGAUUUGUCAUGAUCCAAAAUAAAUAAAAUAAUAAUAAUUAAAAAAAAAAAAACACACCCAAUUCACUUUUUUUUUGCAUUGUUUUUCCUCUGAAUGAAGAUAUGGGUCCAAAUUUAACAGUUAAACUGGGGUAAUAGAAAAUAAUGUACUGGCGUAUUCCUAUACAUCAAUAUGUGGUGAUUUUGAGAAACUUACUUGAAAAAAAAAAACAAAAAACAUGCUGUAAUAGUUGAUUUGGAAUAAUUGACCAAUUCUUCAAUUAUUGAGACUUUUUUUUCUGGCUCGGGUGUUUUGACCUUAAUGUUAUCCCAACACACUGUUUAGAGAAUAAACCUCAAAAGUGUUAUUUUUUUUCUUCCAAAUUAACUAAACUCUUCUAAACUUCGCAAGAUCGGUUAUUAACUCGCCAGAACCCGCUACGUAGGGAAUAAAAACGAUAACAGCUAGUUGUCACAGCACUUGUAAAAUUUACGGAGGUCAGGAAUUAUCAUUAUUUUAUACAUUUUUUUUAUAAUUUGGGUAUUUCAGAUUAAAUGUUACUAGUCGCUUGUCAACUGACAUUUUAGUGAAUAGAAUCCAAA